AUGAGCGUGGGAAGGAUCAACCGCUACAGCAUCGUGUCCUCGGAGGAGGAGGGCCUGCGUCUCACGACCAUGCACGGCAUGAACGGUUUUGGCAACGGCAAGAUCCACACGCGCCGCAAGUGCCGCAGCCGCUUCGUCAAAAAGAACGGCCAGUGCAAUGUGCAGUUUGCCAACAUGGAAGACAAGUCGCAGCGCUACCUGGCGGACAUCUUCACCACCUGCGUGGACAUUCGCUGGCGGUGGAUGCUGCUGGUCUUCACUCUGGUCUUCGUCUUAUCUUGGCUGGCUUUCGGCUUGGCCUUCUGGGUUAUCGCUUUGCUGCACGGGGAUCUGGAUAACCCGGCCGGAGACGACAACUUCACCCCGUGCGUCCUGCAAGUCAACGGAUUCGUGGCCGCCUUCCUCUUCUCCAUCGAAACGCAGUCCACUAUCGGCUACGGCUACCGCUGCGUCACCGAGGAGUGCCCGGUGGCCGUCUUCAUGGUGGUGUUCCAGUCCAUAGUGGGUUGCAUCAUCGACUGCUUCAUGAUCGGCGCCAUCAUGGCCAAGAUGGCCAGGCCCAAGAAGCGAGCGCAGACGCUCUUGUUCAGCCACAACGCCGUCAUUGCCAUGCGGGAUGGAAAACUGUGUCUCAUGUGGCGGGUGGGGAACCUCCGCAAGAGCCACAUUGUGGAGGCCCACGUCAGGGCGCAGCUCAUCAAGCCUCGCAUCACCGACGAAGGAGAGUACAUCCCCCUGGACCAGAUCGACAUCGACGUGGGCUUCGACAAAGGCCUGGACAGGAUCUUCUUGGUUUCGCCCAUCACCAUCCUCCACGAGAUCGACGAGACCAGCCCCCUUUUUGGGAUCAGCAAACAAGACCUGGAGACGUCUGACUUUGAGGUUGUGGUGAUCCUGGAGGGCAUGGUGGAAGCCACGGCCAUGACCGCUCAAGCGCGCAGUUCCUACGUAGCCUCCGAGAUCCUUUGGGGACACAGGUUUGAGCCCGUCUUGUUUGAAGAGAAGAACCUCUACAAGGUGGAUUACGCUCACUUCCACAAAACCUACGAGGUGCCGUCCACCCCCCGAUGCAGUGCCAAGGAAAUGCUGGAGAACAAAUUUCUCGUUCCCACUUCCAACUCCUUCUGCUAUGAAAACGAGCUGGCUUUUCUCAACCGGGAAGAGGAGGAAGAGGAGGAGGAGGAUCUCGGCGGCGGUAACAUGGCCCUGGCAAACCUCAGUCCGGACCGGAACAGCCGGCACGAGUUUGAACGCUUACAAGCCGCCAGAACUCUGGAUCAAAGGUCUUAUCGGAGAGAAUCGGAAAUAUGACGGAUGCAGAACGAUGCAACGUGCCAUAGGAAACUCUUGAGAGAGAGAAAUGGACGUAUUAUAAAAAGUAAGCAGCUUAAGAAAUGGCGGCGAGGAAUGAGCACAAUCAAGGAAACGUCUUCUUCCUUUGUGGAAACUUGAAUCUUGACACGGUCACUUUGAGUGUGUAAACAAAACUAAUGAGCUAUAUAACCAAUUGUUGAAUUGAAGGUGUAAAUACAUUUCUUAGUUAUGGUCUAGUCUGUGUGCUGUCUCAAAGUUAGGAAAGUAGAAUGCAUUCCAUCAACUUUUUUUCUUCUAUUCGUAUUGCUUGCAUCAUUUGCUAGAUAUAUCAAAUUGAAGAUGCAGCGAGCCGUUGGAGGAAAAAAAAAAUACCUGUCUGCAAGCCGCUGACGUCACGAGUUGUGAUCCGAAGAAAGCGACAUUUCAAAAUAAGCACCUUAAUGUGUCAUUUUUCACUUUCAGACUUUUCCCCUUAUUUCCUAUUUUUUAUUUGAUUCUAGAAGUUUUAAAAUAACUAAAACUACAACCCCACCCCCCUACUUUUUUUUUUCAGGAUGUAUUUCCUCAAAAAUUAAUCUAUGCAUAUUUUUCAUAAUAUCAGGAGGAAAAAUAAAACCCUAUUAAAUAAUUGAUUAUAUUAAAAAAGUUGAAUUUUAUUGGACCAAAUCUUGGGGAGAAGCAAUAAACACAGAAGCACACCUUUGAUUUUGUUUCCUCGCGGCUUUUUUAAAAAUAAAUAGUGCACAGUUUCCAGAGCCAGUAUGCUGCUAUAUUUUCACGAUAAAUAAAAACAGUUGUAGUGUCCCGUUUAGGCCACAAGACGGCAGUACAAGACUAGAUUACUGUACAUUCCUUUUCUUUGACAUACGUACUUCCAACAGCGAAAUAAUGCUCGAACACAAUGCAAAGAAAAGAAAAUAUAUCUGACAUUAGAUUAGAAAGUAGAUUUACUUUUGAGUGUCGGGCAAUAAUAUGAAAAGUCUUUUUAUAAGAAUAUAUUUGAUAUAUCUAAGGAACUGAAAGCUCAGGAAAGGACCAUGAAAAAUUGGUCACGUCGGUUUAGAAUGUUUUUAUUUCUUGUCAGCCCUUCCAUUGAUUUAGGCUCGUGACAUUUAUUGAUCAUGUGAUCUUUGUAAAAUGUAAAAUUAUGACACCAUUUUUUUUUCUGAGAACAAGCACACAUUGCCUUCUGGGAAGGAUUUAAAUGCUUUGUCUCGACACCUUAUCAACAAAGAAUGGCCGAAAUGUGGAUUUGAUAUAUUUUGUCAUUUUUCUUUGAUAGUUGAAUUUAAAUAUCACACAUUUUCAAAUGAUAUAUUUCUCUUAAAGGGAUGAUUGGAAAAUAACUUUGACC